AAUUUCCUACUGCGGUAUCACAUUCUCUAGGUUUUCAUUCUCCCACGCCAAACUUACUUGUUGAGCGCUCUUUUUGUUUAUGCAACGACCUAAAUCGUUCUCGUAAACAACGCCGCGACCAUGUCUUCCCCUGGUCAACAGCACCCCGCUCUUGACCAGUCUUUCGCCACGAACCAGCAGGUAAGUGAAUCAAUGGGCCAAGCAACCGGCCACAGCGCGGGCAACGAAAUCGAUACAGACUCCAACAUUGAAGGCGCGUGGAUUCUACGACGACCGUGGCACGCAAAACUGCCCUUUGAUCGACUACAGAUAGGCGGAUCAGCUCAGCUUCCCAACUUUACCAAGCAGGAACUCAAGGCUUUCGUUAAGACUAUUAAAACAGAGGCACCUGAACAAGAUGAGGAGCAGAUCAAUGAUAGUACCAUAAUCAAGUUUGUAGCCAGACCGCAUGUGGAUGCUAUUCGAUACGCAGUUCACGCAACAGCAACCCAACCUCCCCCCAGCUCUCCGCGCCUCGUUAUGUUUACAGAUGGAUCGGUUAAAUCCAAGUACAAUGUUGGCUGUGGUAUUACUUAUAUGCGUACCUACGGCUCUAACCACGACUGGGUCGACGCGGCCUAUGGAUCAAAGGGGAUUUCCAAUUUCCUAGAUCAUGAAGCCAUAGCACUGCACAGAGGUCUGUGGAUAGCCUAUUACGAGAUGAUGGAUUGGGCUGGACGAAUUCCCAAUCCUCUCAAUGGUGGUCGCACUAGACCACCAAAGAUAAUCAUCAUAACUGAUGGCCUUUCCGGAAUCCAGCGCUUGCACUACAGCUAUUGCUACACCAAGAUGGAAGUUAAACCGCACAAUAAAGCUGCAAUCCACGAAUAUUUGGUCUAUCCUCUCGAGAAGCUCGUGAGAUUCGGCAGCAAGGUCGAAAUCCACUGGAUCCCAGGACAUGUCGGCGUUGAAGGAAACUCCCGAGCUGAUUCGUUAGCCUCGAUAGGAGCUGACUAUGCCAUCAAGUAUUCUCGUUCAGCCGGCCUUGGUAUUACAAAUAUGAUGCUUCCAUUCUCAAACCGCUUGUUAGGUCAAAAGGCAAGACCAGCGUAUCCGUUUCACCUAGGCAAUCCCAUGAAUGAUUUCAUCCAUUGGCGCAAAGAAGAAACGAGAGUGGCCAUCCAAGAUGCAUUAAAUUCAAAUGGAGAGGGAAGGACUGCGGAUUUUGUUGCAUGGCUAGCUAAAGCUAGUUUAUCUAACAAGAUCAGCAAGGCCACACUGAAGAUGCUCAAAAAGAAGAAGGUGGUCGAGGAUAGGGCCGCCAAAAGGAAGGCAGGAAGGCUCCUUAGGAAGGCUGGAUUGGUUGGUUGGUUGGUAUAUUUAACGCCGGGGCGAGGGGGAAGGACCAGCCCUCGCAAACCUCCCUAGGGGUAUGCGGCGUGCAGAGCUAUCUAAAAACUAAUAUACAAGGUAUCUGUCUAUGUACAUACUGUAUUGUUGGUCUUUUAAUAUCCUGCAAAUCUAACCUUAAAAGGCACACAUGAUGAUGUUCCAGCCGCUCCCGUUGGCUCCUCCGGGUGAGCUCGUGUUCGGUGUAAAAUUGGUAUUCGGGGGCCGCCUACUGAGGCGCCGUUGGUUCGCUUUUAAGCCAUUCUGUAUCACACUUUCGGGGGUGUGAGGUCUAUCCUAGCCGUAGACACCGUCCCAUUGCGGUUCGGCUGUCGGGCAUG